AAUGGUCAUUUUCCCGAAAUUUAGGGACCCGGAUUCACCGAUAGAUAAAGGAGAUCACGAAAUCAUCGACCACUCCUCACCAGCACUUGACCACCAAGAAACAGAGACGACAUCAGACCGACUCACAAUCACUCGCUACUAUGGAUGGACAAGAUUCGGGAGAUACCAAGCAAAGCACUGCUGACAUGACACAAUUUGUUCAAACCCUUCUUCAGCAAAUGCAAAACAGAUUUCAGACAAUGUCCGACUCCAUUGUUCAAAAGAUUGAUGAGAUGGGUGACCGCAUAAACGAGCUGGAGCAGAGCAUUAAUGACCUUAGAACAGAAAUGGGGGUCGAAGGCUCUCCGUCACCUUUGUCUACAUCGAAGAAACCUGAUGAGCCCAAGACAGAAGAAGGUUCCGCUUAGCACUUCAAUUAUCUACUCGUGCUAUGUUUAUCAAUGAAGUGAGAUAUAUUUGAAUGUUUGCGUGUUAACUUUUAUUUUGUUAUGCAUAUAUCCGUAUGCUACUCGUCACUUCCAUCUAUUCCAUCCGCAGCUCAUUUGAAUUUGUUGA